AUGUCGCACAAAUUUUUGCGAUACGCAAGUCCCAAUGAACGCCGGACUAUCAGUCGCGAAGACCUCAGCUUUUACCACGCACUCACAAUAGCAGCAAUAUACGAGCAUGAGAAUGAAAAGCUAGAUCUCAAUUCAGCUCAGACAUUCUUCUCACCUCUGAAACACUGCAUCCAAGAGCACCCCUACCUGAGCGUAGUCGUCAAAGGCAGCCACACCGAAAAGCCAGCUUAUGAAGGCGUCCCUACUAUCAAUCUUGACGAUCAUAUAUCCAUCAUCCAAAAUGAAGUCCAAAGUGGUCCAGACAGCAACGAAGAAACAAAAAUCAUCCAAAACACCCUAGCACCAAUCCUUGACAGACCAUGGCCAAAUGGAAUACCGCCCUGGCGAAUCGUCGUUCUCCUACUCUCAGCGCGCGAUUCAACCACGAAGCGUUGCUUCAUAGCAUUCUCAUUCUCGCAUACCCUCGGAGAUGGAAUGGUCGGAAUAGCCUUCCACCGCACUUUCAUAGAAGCAUGGCGCCAGACUAACAAUCCACACGACAAGACCUCCACAAUUACCAUGAACCCAUCAAACCAAACAAUUCCCGAACCAUUCGACACACCAGCAAGACUUCCAAUAUCAUGGAAAUACCUCCUCGGACCCCUGGUAGCAAUCUACCUACCCAAAUUCCUAGCCGAAUUCCUCGUUCUCCGCGCAGGAGCCAGCACAGUCGAUGCCAAAACAUGGACCGGCUCGCGGAUCUUCGAGCCGGUUCCCACUCUAGGAUCAAAUAGCAGAGUGAGGAUUCUUGAGAUCGAGGCUCCGCUUGUUCAGAAGGCUCUGAAAGCUUCGAGAGAUCAUGACUCUAAAAUUACUGCUGUGAUACACCAAUUUAUUAUUCGAGCAUUGAGUAAGGCUAUUCCGAGUCGUGAAGUGACGAAUUUCGUUUCUGGGACGCCUGUUGAUAUGCGUGCUUCUGUUGGUAUACCCGCCUUGACAUGGGGUCUUUACGUUUCUGGCUAUUAUGAGGUGCAUCCUCGUUUAUCUACUGGUACUCAUGCUGGUGAAUCUGAGUUGUCUGAUGAGAUGUGGACUGCUGCAAGUUUGAUGACGAAGAGGCUCGCUGAAUGUGGCUCCAGGCUGCAGGAUCAGGCGAUUGGGUUGUUAAGAUAUGCUCCCAGUAUUCGUGGCUGGAUGUUGGGGAAAAUUGGAUCGCAGCGGGAUUCUUCUUAUGAGUUGAGCAAUCUGCUUGCUUUUGAUGGGGGUAAUACCGGUGACGGUUGCAAGAUUAGCAAGAUGGUUUUCUCGCAGCCCGGCAACUGUCUUAGUGCGCCGCUUGUGUUUAAUAUCAUCAGUGUCAAAGGGGGUAGCUUGGUUUGUACGGUUAGUUGGCAGGUUGGGGCUUUGAGUAUGUCUGCUGAAGAGGAGACGCCGUUUGUUGAUGAGAUUUGUUCUUCAAUCCAGGCUGAUUUUGAGACUCUGAGGGAUUGA